CCAUGGACGAGCUCCCGUCAAAGCUUCGUGAUACGACGGCGCUGUGCUGGGCUGCGGGGACAGGCAAUGUAGACAUGCUUCGUCGACUUCUGACAGAAGGAGUGGAUGUGAACCUCGCAGACUACGAUCGACGGACGCCAUUGCACAUCGCUGCGAGCGAUGGGAAUGCCGAAAUAGUCAAGCUCUUGAUUCAAGCGGGCGCCAACUGUCAUGCCAAAGAUCGAUGGGGUGUAACACCUCUCGACUGCGCAAAGGACGCCGUGGUGGCGUCGUUGAUGUCGACCCAUAUUCGUGCAAGUCUUUUCGCCGACACAUCAACGGCGCCAUAUCGACGAGUUGGAAGCCACAACGAUGCACUUGAUGCACUUGAUGCAAACCGACCCAAGAACGUGUUGGGGGAAGUCCACCAAGUGUUUGCCGCAAUUGCGACAGGGGACACGGACACAUUGAAGCGUGCGUGGCUGGAUGGUCUUGCGUUGAAUGCGGUUGACGGCGCGGGUCGUACGGCGCUGCAUGUCGCUGUCGAGAAGGAGCAAAUGAACGCGAUUGAACUGUUGCUGUCUGCCGGGGCGACCGUGGACGUCGCCGACGAGCAAGGCCGCACGCCCAUGUCGAUCGCUGUGGAAAUGAACGCGUCCAACGUGCUGAGUCUCUUCCGUCGACAUGUAUACACUGCGUCGUCGUUGCCACAAGUGCCCAUCACGUUGGACGUGCCCCACGCGUUCGCCGCCAUCCAGCACGAUGACCUCGCGCGACUGCAGCAGCUGGUACCACGACUCGUCCACCCCGACGUCCAAGAUUACGACGCCAGGUCCCUCUUGCAUGUGGCGGCUAGCGAAGGCCGGACGUCCAUCGUUCAGUUUCUCGUCCAAGUGGGGGCCAAUGUCAACUUGCUCGAUCGCUGGGGAAACUCGCCCCUCUCGGAAGCUAUGCAUUUUGCACACACAGACGUGGCCACGUACCUGCGCGACCACCACGCGACGGAACACGGGCUAGACGACAACAGCUUGGCGAAAUCCCCGCAUCAACUGGACUCGACUCUGCUCAACACGGCGCUCGAGCACAUUUUACGAUGUGUGUGUCGGCAACAUAAAUGGCAAGUGGGCGAAGUGUUUGUCCCGAUAAAAGACGAAAACACCAACGGAUGUGCAUUGGUGCUGCACAAUGUAUGGUUUCGUCACACAUACAACGACACGUUACCGUUGCAACCGUUGGCUCAGUUUCGCAAAGCGAGGGGGAUGAUGCUGCUCGAUCCAGGACACGACCUGGCAGGGCGUGUGUACAGUGGCCAGCAGCCGGAAUGGGUCGCUAGUUUGCAUACAACGAGUCAAAGCAAGUUCUUCUUCGUGCCACAUGCUCGGAAAGCCGGCUUGAAAGCGGUCGUGGCGGUGCCCAUGGUGCACACGCUGUCGGUUGUAGCCGUGUUGGUAUGGUACGCCACCGAGGCCCUACCUGAAGACCCUGACGAAGUGCAUCGUAUUCAGCGACUGGUCAAGGCCGUUGUGUUGUUGUGUGUGUUGCGUCAUGAGUCCACAGCGACGAUGUCGCGGUUCCAGUACUGCCAAGCGCUGGAGCAUGCGUGCACAGGCCAAGGCGAGCUCACAGCGGUCGACACUGUGGCCCCAGACGACGCGGCGGUGCACGACGUGGUGUCGUUGUGUAUAUCGUGGCACUUGUUUGAUUAUGCCAUGAAGCUGGCCACGUCCAUGAGCAGCGAAGACCACUUGGCCACGAUCGAUUUGUUUGGGGCGUUGGUGGCGCUGUUGAAGCGAGGAUUUUUCGAUGACGUUGUGGGUCCCACCUUGCUAGACCUGGAGCCAUGCGACGUGGUAGACUCGAUCUCGACCAAGCUGCACUUGGUGCACGUCGUCGUGUAUGUGUUGGCGUAUCUGACGACCGUAAGCCCCACGGAAGGCUCGGUCUACUCGAAAAGCCACUUGUUUCAAGACGAGUUGCGCCAGUAUGUGGCGAAUCUCCAGCCCAUCGGUUUAGAUGGUAGCAAUAGCAGCAGCAGCGAUGACAUGGAGGAGGGGAUCCCAACAACAACAACACAAACGACAGAGUCGGCCGAGGUGGUAGAACCGCUAGGCAUCCACCCGACCCCCGUGGUGGUGGAAUGUGUGCUUUGCAAGUUCAAAGUUCCAGGGCAUAUACAUCCAGGGUUACCUCGCCCGUCUGUAGCCCCGUCGCCUCCACCACGAACUCCCCAGUCGUCGAUAUUUACCCGCCUUCGAUCUCCAGUGUGGCGCGAGUUCCAAGAGUUGCCCUGCACGUUAGCCAAUGAGUGGGACCGGUUCCGCGGCAAGGAUAAGCUGGCAAGUACGCCCUCCCAAGACUCGUUUCGAAGUGCCAAGUGGACAACGAGCGACGUUUACGACACUGUCGGCAACGCCCACGACAACCAGACGUUAUUCCGGAGGUCACCGGUGGGGGUGGGCGAUCGAAGUAGGGUACUAGCGGUGCUCAAUGCCAUCCUGGACGACACGUCGGCGAUGCUCACGUUUGAUCAAAUCACGGCGCUGCAUGAAGCGAUCUUUGAGCAAGGGCAUGACGGAGGGGCGAUUCGAGAAGAUGCGGCGGUGGGGUAUGCCUCGGAGCGCAUCUACAGAGUAUUUCUCCCGUCGGUGGAGAUUGAACUGGCUCUUCGACAAUAUGUGACAACGUUGAACGACCCCACGGCGCUGCCCCAUCCUCUUGUUCGCGCAUACUAUGCGUUCGCCGCACUCGUGUUUUACAUCCAUCCGUUCUACGAUGGCAAUGGACGGUGAUAACUCAUUCCACGUACCCAAAAACACAUACACAAUUCUGUGACAUCGUUUGGUAUACUGCCGUGGUAGGGUCGCCCGGCUGCUAGGCAACGUCGUCGCACGAAAGGGAGGGUUUCCCCAUGUAAUCCGCCACCAAGACAAGACCAUCCAACUCACGGGCUUCCUCGAAACGACUUUGAACAUGCUUGACCUCCAUGAAGACGCGUUGCGAUCCCGUCGCACCCGCCUCGCCAGCAAAAACACGUCGACAUGGUUUUAGAGCUAUCAAAUAGUUACUAUUUAAAAUGCAAUUCCUAUGUCUCCAUACUCGCUGUCACACGAGAGUGUGGAGUAAGUGUGCGAUACUAAAUAGGUAUAUAUAUUGUCCAA